GGUUCUCGCUAUCCGAUCCGUGUUUUUGUGUUUGUUCGAGUUGGGAUUUGUCGAAGAGAAUUGGAUGCUAGCCAUAGCCAUGGAGCCAAUCCAAGCGCAGCGCAUUCAAGGCCAGGCGUUCGUAUCUUCAUUCGAAAGCGAGAGUGUCGCCAGUGAGGAGCGCAGUCGAUGAAGUGUGAGUGCGGAUUUGCGUGUCGAAGGAAGCUAAGGUCUGCACAGCGGUGACGAAGAAUUUGUGGGUUGGGGGUUUGAGGAUUGAAGAGGAGAUGUCUGUGGGAGAUAGUGUUGCUGCCGUGAUGGAUUCAGAAGGAGAUAUGUUGAAGUUGGGUGGAAGGAAUGGGGAUAGGACCUGCAGCUUUGGAAAGAGGCGGGCGGUGAAGCUGGAGGAGCUCGUGGACAGCUUGAGCCGCGCUUACAAUGAGAAGAUUGGGCAGGUGCUGCAGCAGCACGAGUACAACUUCGUGUUGAGCGACCCGCGCCUACCGGACCACCCGAUUGUAUUCGCCAGUGAGGGGUUUCUGCGGAUGUCGGGUUAUGACCGGGAAGAGGUUUUGGGUCGCAACUGUAGAUUUCUUCAAGGGCCCGACACCGACCGCGGCACGGUUGUGGAGAUCCGGGACGCAAUUCGGGAGGAGCGGGCAUGUCAAGUGCGCAUUUUAAACUAUACCAAGCAAGGGGAGCCAUUCUGGAACUUGUUUCACAUGGCGCCGAUCUUCUCCAAUGAUGGUCGGGUGAUUCAUUAUGUGGGUGUGCAGACACCCAUUGCUAAGGACCUUUUGUCCGAGGCUGUGACGGCGGCGCUACCUGCUGAAGAUGGCAGCUCUGUGCCAGCCGAAGAAAGCGCGGCUGAUUUGCGCGGAGACUCUCUACACUCGCCAGACGAGAGCUCAGUGAAUAUGCGGUUGAGAGGCGGAGCAACUUCACAUGCUGACGAGGAAGAUGAAGCUAUGCCAUCCUUCGUGAAUGAUGAUGUGAAAGAGAAAGCGGCGGUUGCGGUUCAAACAGUUACUGGGGAGCUCACCCGGUCAAGCAGAGUGAAAGGUGCUCUCGAACAAAAUCGACGCAUAGGGUUGUCUGAGUGUGCAGCCAAAGGCGUUGUGAGUUCAUCUUUAUUGCUCUCGCUGACACGCAUUCAGCAGAGUCUUGUCCUAGCUGAUCCGAGUCUACCAGAUACUCCCAUUGUUCAUGCCAGUGAUGUCUUCUGCGAGCUUACAGGUUACAGCCGUGAGGAAGUCGUUGGCAGGAAUUGCAGAUUUCUACAAGGCCCUGAUACGGAUCCCGAGUCAGUGCGAGAGAUCCGUGAGGCUAUCCAGGCAGAGCGGCCAUGCACAGUGAGAAUUUUAAAUUACAGGAAAGACGACACACCGUUCUGGAACCACUUGCACGUUGCACCGGUGCGCAGCGCAACUGGCAAGGUGGCUUACUUCGUCGGGGUGCAGCUGGAUGUCAGCAUCGCCGACCUCCCCAUGCGAGGAGACAGUCUACGAGCUGAUGCCAAGCAACUGAGUGCCGUGGGAGUUGUGCGAGUCGCUGUUCGCAGCUUGCAAGGAUGUGGACUACGACGGAUACCGAAAGCUUGAUUGAGCUCUCUCCGUAUCCACAUUAUUCUUCGUGGCUCGUUGCCUUCUUCCCUGUAGAGUGUUCGAUGCCUGUGUAGCUAUGGCGGCCUACUAGCUUCGAGUGUGUGCGGCGUGCGCUGCAAUGCACCGCCCACCAGUUGUCACCGCUCCAACUCACAGGCUCUCCCUUGUGGGCUCGUUGUAUGACACGUAUACUAGGCCAUUUCCAGCGCAGAAUCGCUGCCUGUUGCUGGAGUGGAUACUGCAAUGGGGUCGCGAUACAAUCUUCAUGCUAGAUGGAUGUAGGUAGGCGAACGAAUGAUAGAAACUCCAUGUGGAUGAAGCAUCUCUCUCUCUCUCUCUCUCUCUCUCUCUCUCUCCACAUUCAUUGUGUUGCCUCCUCGCAGUGAAUUCUCUGCCUGUUUCUGAACAUUGUGCAUGAAAUGCUUCUUCUAAGCUUUACUCAUGCCUCUAUUUUGUUAAAAUAUGUGGACUAGCAUUCUCUUCUCUUCCUCCCUUUCAUUCCUUUGAUGGGAUUAUGUAUGAAGGUAUUUGUAUUUUAAACAA